AUGGAAGUAGGGCCGAAAAAUUGGGUAGUUACUGGUAUAUCAACAAAAUUUCCUGAACGAAAUUUACCACAAUAUUUAUCGGGACAUUCACCCUAUGCGCUUGAAACAAAUAAAAAUCAAAAAUAUUUUGAAAAAAAUGCUGGUAUUUAUCCAGGUAUAUUUAAUUCUAAUAAGGGCUGUUUUUUCGAUCCUCAUUGUCCUGAAUGUAUUCGCGAGUUGUGGGGUCCUCUUUUGGCACCAUUUGCUGUCUUAAUCAAACAAAAUGGACAAUUUUUCGGUGAAAUUUUGAGUCAAUUGAAUCAUGCGGAAAAAAUAUCGCAUAGUAAAAAUGCUGGCCCUGUAUUACAAUAUGACGAUCAUUUGUUUUUAUCCAGGUUUGGUCUUUGUUCAUAUCGUUUUGCAAAAUGUUUUUGGUUUUUGGCAUGGUUAAUUGGAUUUAUCAUGUUAAUCGUAGGCAUUAUAUUAGUUGCUGUACCAGACCGAUUUCAUCCAUUAAUCACAAUUUAUCGUAUGAAUCAAGUUCUAAAUCGAAUGGAAUUUCAUUUACAAUAUAUUGCUAUAUUUUUCUUUUCUAUUGGAAUUGGAAAAAUGUUAUCUGCCGUCUUAGGCUUGUUAGGAACUGCAUAUCGAUCUGUAUCAGUCAUGAGUAUGGGUGCUUAUCUUAUUUUUGUAUUAUUUAUUAUUGAAAUUGUGUGUUUAGCAGCGUUUAUAUUAAAACUAUCUAAGACUAUUGCCACUGCCGAAUUGGCACUUCAAGAUUCAUUUCGAUUAUAUCAAGGUGAUAAAGGAUUUUCACCCGAUACAAUCGCUUGGAAUGAUUUACAUCAAAGAUAUCAAUGUUGUGAUUUUGGUAAUUCGAGUGAUUUUGACAAUACAAUAUGGGCUAUUAGUGGUGGAAGAUUACCAAACGAAGAGAUGCCUCAAUCAUGUUGUAAAAAAGGCGUACUCAUAUCUGGACGACCAGCGACAUGUCAAAGAAAUGCCAGUCCGGAUAAUUACCAGACAAUAAGUUGUUUGAAUGUCAUUCGAAAACAAAUAAAUGAUCGUGCUUAUGUAUUUGUUCUUUACAUUGCCAUGAGCGCCACUUUAUUCGUUCAAUUCAUGGCAAUGUUAUUGACAUUCAUUUAUCAAUCAUCUAUGACAAAUGCAAAAACAGCUCGUAAAGAGUAUAAUAGAUAUUUACUAGAAAAAUUUCAAAAAAAAAUGACUAAAGAAGCAGAAAGUAAUCGGAAAGAAUUUUCUGGCUUUGAUGGACCGACAAGUGAUGUCAGUGAUUUAAGACUAUUAUAUAAUGUAUAUUCUCCCUUCUCAGCAAAUCCUCUCGAUUAUCCCUAUGCCUAUCCAAUUACACCAACCGUUGUUCAAGUCAAACGUCCAGAAAUUUCUUCUUACUUUUAUUAUGAUAUGUAA